CAAGAACAGAGAGUCUGCUGGACUGCUGCGAUACGAGAUUCUCGCUGUUUUCCCUCACAAAGCCAUGCGUCAUACAACAGUUUUCUUCCUGCUGGUGGCCUGCUGCCUGCUGUUGCUCCAGGGAUCUCGUGCAGAUCACAUGAUCAGUGAGACCGCGAGAAUCAACAUGGCUUCCAUCACUCCUUACAUUUCUCCUUCAAAGCCAGGCCUGACGGAGCUCCGCCAUCGCUUUCGCACGUCACCGGACCUGGACGCACGCACAGUGGACCGAUUUAGACAAACCGACAGGACCAGGGUGGACCAAUUGGAGCAGGACACAGCAACGAUGAAUGGAUAUUCCAGCAGAGAAAACCUUCUUUGAUGUCCGUGGAACGCGUAAGAAAUGAGAGAAAAGCAGGACGCAUCAGAACCUCAGAAGAAUCGUCGUCAAGGGAAAGAUCGACGACUGACAAGAAACGUGAUGUUGACGUCCCGUCUCACGGUAUCGUGUCUCCGAAACGUAGUUCGCGAUCAAACUUCCAGAAGAAUGACAUCAAGCGACUUCGACGACGGACAAGUGACCUUAAUGAAGUCAGAACAAAGAGGUCGUCAGAAGCUGAGAUGCGGUGUUCUGACGACACCACGUACUUUUGUCACGUUGCAGCUGUCCCUGAAGGACGUAGAAACGUCGCUGGCUUUGACAGAAGCCGUAGUCUACCUGACUCCAGUCAACGUAGUGUUGAAAACGAGCUUCGCCGACGUAAUGUUGAGACCAAGUCCCGACAAACCAAUCUGGAAACUACCUUUCGUAGAAACAGGUUUGAAGAUGAUUCAAGGGUAAGUAACUCCAUUUCAGAUUUCCUUCCACCUGGUGUUAAGACUGAAACACAUCGACAUGGCGCUGAAGAGGAUUUCCGUCCAGGUAGAACUCAAGCUGGCUCCCGAGGUCAAAGGGUAGAAGCAAAGUCACGUCGACAUGCCGUUGAAGCCGAUUCUCGUCCAGUUAAUGCUGAAGCUGAUUCCCGGCAACGUAGUAUUGAGGCUGAAUCACGUCGACGUAGACUAGAGGCGAACUUCCGUCCAUCUAGAAUCGAAGGUGACUCCCGGCGACAAAUCGUUGAAACUGAUUCACGUCGACUUGGUGUUCAACGUCGUGUCAGUGACGAAUCUGACUCUUAUAGACGUUCUGUUGAUGUCGACUCUCACCGACAAAAUGUUGAAGCUGACGCCCGGCGACGUAGAGAUGACGGUAAUUCGCGUCGCCUUGAUGACAAAACUGUUGAAACUGUCUCCCAGCAUCACAGCGCUGAGUCGGAAUCACGACGUAGCGUUGAUUCCCGUCGGCGUAACGUUGAAGCGGAUUUCCGUGCGAGUAGUAUUGAAUCCCGACGACGUACUGUUGAGGCUGAGUCACGUCAACGUAGUUUAGAAGCUGACGUCCAGCGACGUAGAGGUGAAACUGAAUUACAUCGAGAUAGAGAUUCCCGUGCCGGGAGCAACGAAGCUGAAUCACGCCGAUGUAAUGAUGGUGGUGAGUCACGUGCCCGUAGCAUUGAUGCUGACGUCCGGAGUGGUGAAAAUGACUCCUAUAGGCGGGUUUCUGACGUUCACCGACAAAAUGUUGCAGCUGACUCCGGGCGACGUAGGUUUAAUUCUGAAUCAAGUCGACGUAGGGUCGAGGAUGAUUCCCAUGCAGUCAGUAAUGAAGGUAACUCUCGAAGUCGCAUUGCACUAGAGGAAUCGAGUCAACGUAGCGUUGAAGCUGAUACUCUGCGACCCGCAAGUGAAGCUCAAUCACGUCGACGUACUGUUGAAGCUGACUCACGUCGACGUAGUGUAAAAGCCGAUACCUCGCGACUUGCCAGUGAAGCUGAAUCAAGUCGACGUACUGGAUUAGCUGAAUCACGUCGAAGUGGUGUUGAAGCUGAAUCAAGUCGACGGAAUGUUGAAGCUGAAUCACGUCGACGUAGUGUUGAAGCUGAAUCAAGUCGACGUAGUGUUGAAGCUGAAUCACGUCGACGUACUGGAGAAACUGAAUCACGUCGACGUAGUGUUGAAGCUGAAUCACGUCGACGUACUGGAGAAACUGAAUCACGUCGAGUUAGUGUUGAAGCUGAAUCAAGUCGACGUAGUGUUGAAGCUGAAUCAAGUCGACGUAGUGUUGAAGCUGAAUCACGUCAACGGACUGUUGAAGCUGAAUCACGUCGACAUAGUGUUGAAGCUGAAUCAAGUCGACGUAGUGUUGAAGCUGAAUCAAGUCGACAUAGUGUUGAAGCUGAAUCAAGUCGACGUAGUGUUGAAGCUGAAUCACGUCGACGGAGUGUUGAAGCUGAAUCACGUCGACGUACUGUUGAAGCUGAAUCAAGUCGACGUAGUGUUGAAGCUAACUCCAGACUUUUUAGUGGUGAAAGUAACACCUUUCGACAGAUUACUGAUAUUGGCCUUCACAGACAGAUUAUUGAUGUCGCCUCUCAUCGGCAGAAUGUUCAAGAAGACUCACGUCGACGUAAUGGCGGUAGCUAUUCACAUCGACGUAAUGCUGCAACUGAAUUCCAACCGCAAAGCUCAGACGCCAACUUCCGUCGAAGCAGUCUUUACUCCCGUAGUCGAUUUAACGCCGUUGACUUUCAAAGACAGAAUGUUGCAGGUCGUCGUGCUGAGGCCGGUUCCCGAAGACAUCAGCGUGACACUCCGCGGCGCCAUGUUGAAACUGCUUCCCGUACACGUGACACUGAAAAUGAAUUCCGACGACCUCACAUUGAAAGUCAGUUAGUUCGACUUGGUAGUGAAAGGGGUUCUGAGGGAGGUAGAUACGACCUCCGCAAACGUCAGUCUGAAAUCGACUCCAUCCUUCCCAGCACAACAACUGCAUCCGGUCGAUCUAACAUUCAAUAUGGCGCUCGUAUACUAACCAUAGCACACUCUAGUCGACGUGACACAAGAUCGCGAGAGAGUGAAAUGCAUUCACGCCGCCGCCAUUUUGCUGAUGAUUACGGUCUGCAAUUCACGUCAGCAGCUAAUUUCCACAGAAGUCAGUCUGACUCUGAGCGUAGUCGACGUAGUCUGAAUAAUGGUCCCCGCGACCGAGACCUAAGGAGACGUAGUUUGGACACUGACUCUCGUCGACGUAAUUUAAGCGUCUACGUACAGGACGUUGAGGCGCACGUCGUCCCACGUGACGGCAAGGGGAGAUCACAGAGACGUGAUGUUGAAAGUGGUGUCCGCCGAUUUAGUAUUGAAUCUGACAGUUUCCGAGUGUGAAAACUGAUUCUCUCCGAGCAGCCGACAGUCGCCGCACUGACACUGACAGACGCCGCACUGAAACAAACAGUCGCCGGACUGACACUGACAGUCGCCGCAGUCGCCGCACUGAAACAAACAGUCGCCGCACUGACACUGACAGACGUCAGACUGGAACUAACAGUCGCCGCACUGAAACUGAGAGACACCAUACUGACACUGACAAUCGCCGCACUGAAACAAAUAGACGCCACACUGGAACUGACAGUCGCCACACUGGAACUGAGAGACACCAUACUGACACUGACAAUCGCCGCACUGAAACUGACAGUCGCCUUUCAUCGCAUUCAGAAGACAGCCGAAGGAACGAGAAUCAAAGGGAGGUAAACACUGCAGUGUCUUCUCUGAACGAGAGUGUCGCCGAGCUCGCUGACCAUGCCGAGGAGGAGAAGGCGAGGCAAGGAGCAGAGGUCAGCAACUCUAACAACGACACAACAAACAACGGCAGCUACUUCAGAUUAUUAUGCAAGAGAGUUAUUCCUGAAAACAUGAAAGCUUUGUUCGGAAUGGAGGCGGAAGCUACUGAAACCUACGGACUGGGCAUCAAAACACACUGGACUGGCCUCAGCACUUCCACCAUCUGUGCAGCAAUGGCCGGCGCCAUUACAUUUGUUGGGUCCAAGUCAUUCAAAGUCGGCUGAGGUGGGAGUCGACCCCACGAGGUUCACAUGAUGAAAGGCAUCAUCCCGACUUCCUCAACAUCACCUCCACAAACUGGCAAAUAGCUGCAAUCCGCUGGGAACAAAUCAUUGAUACCGAUAAUACAAUGUAAAGAGACAUUGGAAUUCCUCAACCGUUCAUAUGAAACUGUUUAUUUUGAGAUAAGUGUAGCACAGCUAGAGAAGAAGGUGGACAGGGAAAGCUCCGACAUUGAAGAUACUUAUUUAGACAGCUGCUUCGAAACAGAUUAACAAUAAUCUGUAAGGAAACAAAAACUGUGAAGUAACCAGUCUGAAAUUCAUUCUAUUAGUGAUAUAGAAUACGUGGACAAAAUUCUCUUGUAUGUAGAUAUCAGGAAAAAUGAGGAGGAUUGAUGAUAGAUACUACUUUUUCUCUGUUUGUUCUACUUUAUCUGAAAAUACAGGCUAUACACGAGGAACAUGGAAAAACAAUCUUUGUCUUGCUGAUCGAGUCUGAUUUUUGCAUUUCAGGCUGUGACUCAACAGAAUUUGCUAAUUUGAUUAUUUUUAAUCUAUCCGCGGAUAUCACCCGUGGAAAUAACCGGACUUCAUGUGAAGGAAACACUUCAAAAAAAAGCUUUCAAUGGCGACAUGACAUGCACGUGACUGCUUUUGACCUAACCCUGAUUCAGUGACUGCUGCUGGUGUUUAUUGUCGUCGUGGUAGUAAUCAACGGUGGAUACCCAACUUUACAAUGAGAAUAGACAAUUUAAAGGCUUAGUAGGGUGCAGCGUUUUUUUUUCUAACGAGGAAAGUUUGAAGCAAGAUGGUGUUUUCCCAGAUGUGAGUCGUUGACAGAAAGAGCUCAGCAACACUGACGUCACGACUGUACAUGAACACGUGCCCCUCCAUUGAUUGGGAGAACUGAGACCAUAAGAUAAUUAGCAUACUUGUGUAUACAUGUCACGUGAUUUCUUAACUCAAUUUGCUCAUAGUAAUAUUUUAUGCGUGUAUCUUAAGCGUGUUUUGAGCUCAAAUUAUGGAAAAUUAGUAUCUUGCACUUUAACGGUCAUUACUGUACCCCACUAGAUCUUUAGUUUGUUCAGGUAGGGUAUGAUACUUUUGUUUGAAAUUUGUUUUGAGACCUGGAUGAUAGGGCAAAAUUGUUAUGGGUAUUACACUUAAGUUUUUUUUUAUGGCAAUUACUUGUGGUAGUUGAUUCUAAUUUGUUCUAGGAAAAGCCACAUGAUCUCAGCUCGACAGUUUAUGAGAAGUGUUGUGGGUUAAGAUGUCUUUCAACCAGCAUCUCAAGUGUUUGCUGAUUAAAAUGAAAUUUGAA